AUGCCUGAAGUAUAUGCUGCACACCAGGAUUAUGCCUUCCCUCGAAACUUCAAAGGAUAUGGAGAGAAAGGCCUUGAGGGCUUGAAAUGGCCUGACAAUGCCAAAAUUGCAGUCUCAUUCGUUAUCAAUUAUGAAGAGGUGAGCUUCCAAGAACUUUUGAGGGUAUCUCGAAAGUGUAAGCUAACGCAUAUAAGNGGAGGCGAGCGAUCAGUGCUGCAUGGAGACGGCCGUUCAGAGACAUCCCUCCGCGAAUAUCCUGCAGAACCGGACAUCAACGAGCGCAACUACAGUGCCGAGUCCGAGUUCGAAUAUGGCUCUCGUCGCGGAUGGUGGCGCAUGUUCAAGCUAUUCAACGAUCACAAGAUGAAGUUCACACUUUAUGCUGUUGGCUCAGCUUGUGAGGAACAGCCCGAAGUUGUGACUCGAUGUGUUGAAGAAGGUCACGAUAUUGCAUCUCAUGCGUACCGAUGGAUCGACCAUAAGAAUCUGUCUGUGGAAGCCGAGAAGCAGCACAUUCGAAACGGCAUCACUGCUCUCAAGAAACUCUCUGGUUAUGCUCCAAAAGGAUGGUACUACGGCCGCCCAUCGCCACAAAGUAGAGCACUUAUUCCUGCCGUGUAUGAGGAGAUGGGCGAAGAGCUCUUGUGGGCAAGCGAUACAUACGCUGACGACAUCCCUUACUGGACCGAUCUACCCCAGGAGUGUGACAGUGAGAACCCCAAGGGCUGCUUGAUGCUCCCUUACAGCUACGACUGCAACGACUUUAAAUUCCUCACCGCGGCCACUGGCUUCCGCGACCCCAAUGGCUUCUAUACUCACAUCAAGAACGCGUUUGACGUGCUCUACGAGGAAGGAGAGGCAGGUCAGCCAAAGAUGAUGACGAUCGGCCUGCAUUGCCGCAUCAUCGGACGACCUGGCCGCUUCAAGGCUCUUCAGGAUUUUGUACAGUACAUCUCUUCCAAAGAGGGUGUUUGGGUUGCCACCAGGACAGAGAUUGCUGAAUCUUUCAGAGAGCAAUUCCCAUACAAGAAGGGACAGCUAGCGUAA